AUGGCCUCCAAAUUAGCCGGCGGCUUACAAAAAGCUCAAGAGGCUGUUCAGCACGUCAGCUCAAAGGAGAAGAAGAUUGUUGACCUAGAGCACGAUACAACCAGCCUGACUUCAAAGCAACCGCUAACAACCGAUCAUGGCACUCGUAUUCACAAUACAGACCAAUGGCUGCGUGUCAUGAACGACCAGCGGACAGGCCCAUCGCUUUUGGAAGACCAGAUAGCCCGGGAGAAGAUUACCCGAUUUGACCACGAGCGGAUCCCCGAACGGGUCGUCCAUGCCCGCGGCACUGGGGCGUUCGGAAACUUCAAGUUGCACAAGAGUAUUCAAGACCUAUCGUAUGCGGGAAUUCUUAACGAUACAUCCAGGAAUACGCCUGUAUUCGUGCGGUUCUCGACUGUACAGGGCAGUCGAGGGAGCGCUGAUACAGUUCGGGAUGUGCGCGGAUUCGCCGUCAAGUUCUAUACCGACGAAGGGAACUGGGACUUGGUGGGUAAUAACAUACCUGUCUUCUUCAUUCAAGAUGCGAUCAAGUUUCCAGACUUUGUUCACGCCGUGAAACCAGAACCACAUAACGAAGUUCCCCAAGGCCAAUCGGCACACAAUAACUUCUGGGACUUUGUUUAUCUCCACCCAGAGGCUACGCACAUGUUUAUGUGGACAAUGUCAGACCGUGCGAUCCCACGCUCAUUUAGAAUGAUGCAAGGAUUCGGGGUCAAUACAUUUGUCCUCGUCAACAAAGCUGGCAAGCGGCACUUUGUCAAAUUUCACUUUAUCCCCCAACUAGGCGUACACAGCCUCGUGUGGGACGAGGCGUUAAAAAUAGCGGGCCAAGACCCGGAUUUCCACCGAAAAGAUUUGAUGGAAGCCAUUGACAAGAAAAUCUACCCAAAGUGGGACUUUGCGAUCCAGGUUAUCCCGGAGGAUAAGCAGGAUGCGUUUGAGUUCGAUGUGCUUGAUGCCACCAAGAUCUGGCCCGAGGAUAUUGUGCCUCUGCAGGUGAUCGGUGAGCUGGAGCUUAAUCGUAACGUGGAUGAAUUCUUCCCACAGACCGAACAAGCUGCGUUCUGCACGAGCCAUAUCGUGCCGGGCAUUGAUUUCUCGGACGAUCCACUUCUGCAGGGGCGGAAUUUCUCAUACUUCGAUACGCAAAUUAGUCGCCUCGGUGUGAAUUGGGAGGAGCUACCCAUCAACAGACCGGUAUGCCCGGUUCUCAACCACAACCGCGACGGAAAAUCGAGGCAUCGCAUCACGCAGGGCACAGUAAAUUACUGGCCAAAUCGGUUCCAAGCAGUGCCACCUACGAAUGCGACAGGGGAACCGGGAGGUUUCCAGUCGUCGUCUGUUCAAAUUGGUGGCGCAAAGCGGCGUGAUUUGAGCGUCAAAUUCGGCGACCAUCUAAGCCAAGCGCGACUAUUCUACAACUCACUAUCUGAGCACGAGAAAUUACAUGUGCGCAAAGCCUUGAGCUUCGAAUUAGACCACUGCAAUGAUCCAACGGUCUAUACCCGCAUUGCGAGACACCGACUCGCCGAGAUUGAUCUGGAUCUAGCGCAGGCAGUGGCGGAUGCGGUCGGCGCUGCUGUUCCCCAUCGUGCCAUGAGUCCGAAUCGCGGUAAGAAGGCCCCGCAUCUAUCACAGACGGAAUUCAUGCCUGCAAAGCCGACAAUCGCGAGUCGGCAUGUGGCGGUCUUGAUUGGUGAGGGCUUCGAUGCGGUAGCCUUUGCCGGAAUCCUGGCUGCUGUCAAAGCUGCGAACGGAUUCCCAGUUCUUGUUGGAACCACACGGUCGCGUAUCUAUGCCGACGGCGAGAGGCUGUCUGGCAAAGCCGUCGGAGGCGGGGUGGUUCCCGAUCACCAUAUCGACGGUGUACGAUCCACUCUGUUUGACGCGACGUUCAUUCCAGGGGGGCCACACGUCAAGACGCUGGCCCAGAAUGGCCAGAUCAAACACUGGAUCUGCGAGUCAUUCGGACAUCUGAAAGCCAUUGGUGCAACGGCCGAAGCAGUGGAUCUUGUCAACGAGGCCCUUGGCGCUGUUGAGGGCCUGCAGGUCGCCUCGUCAUCGUCCUUCGAGCCUGUCGAAUCAUAUGGUGUGGUCACGGCCGGGGGUACCCAGAAGCCCGGGAGCUUUAAGGAAACGGCUAACAUUAUGCGCGGGGCGAAAGACUUUGUUGGCAUGUUUUUCUAUCAGAUUGCCCAAAACCGUAGUUACCAACGUGAACUAGAUGGGCUGGUGUCCACUGUUGCAUUCUAG